AUGGCAGAAUCCAUAUCAGAGGGAACACUGAAGCAAUUCUCAAAAAGCAUUGGCGACUUUGUGGAGCAGGACGAGGAGAUUGCGACAAUUGAGACCGACAAGAUAGACGUUGCCGUCAACGCCCCAGAGGCUGGGACGAUCAAGGAGUUUCUCGUCAGCGAGGAAGACACCGUAACCGUUGGGCAAGACCUUGUCCGUAUUGAGCUCGGCGAGGCGCCGCCAGGCCGCAAAGAAGAAACCGCAGCCCCAAAAGAUCGAGCAAUAGACGCAGCGGAACCAAGACCAAAAUCAGAAAAGACAGAGGCAACACCGAAGCAGAACGAGAUGAGCCCGCCUCCGGAAUCAAAGCAAACAACAGAAAAGCCAGCGAUGACAAAGGCACCAACACCCAAGGAAGCUCAGCCGGAACCGAGCAAUACGUCCACUGGCUCAGCUCCCAAAUGCAUCCGAGAAGAGCGUCGCGUCAAGAUGAAUCGUAUGCGCCUCCGCAUUGCCGAACGUCUCAAGCAAUCACAAAACACUGCUGCCUCACUCACCACAUUCAACGAAGUGGAUAUGUCAAACAUCAUGGAAUUCCGCAAGCUAUACAAGGAUGACGUGCUUAAGAAGACUGGCGUCAAGCUGGGGUUCAUGAGCGCUUUCUCCCGCGCGGCCGUGCUCGCCAUGCGCGACAUCCCAGCGGUCAAUGCCUCCAUCGAAGGUCCAAAUGGCGGCGAUACCAUUGUUCAUCGUGACUACGUCGACAUUAGUGUCGCAGUGGCCACUGAAAAGGGUCUCGUGACACCUGUUGUUCGUGAUGUCGAGUCAAUGGACCUGGUCACCAUUGAGAAGGCAAUCGCCGACAUGGGCAGAAAGGCACGCGAUGGUAAGCUGACGAUUGAAGACAUGGCUGGUGUUUUGGGGCUUCAUGCAAUCAAGGAUCGGGCAGUGGCCGUUGAUGGAAAAGUUGAGAUCCGACCAAUGAUGUAUCUGGCAUUGACAUACGACCACCGCUUACUUGAUGGUAGAGAAGCUGUGCAGUUCCUCAUUAAAGUCAAGGAAUACAUUGAGGAUCCAAGACGUAUGCUUUUGUGA